ACCGCAGUGGUCCUUACGAGGUCCUUCGAAUCUGUGGCGCGGUGCUUGUUCUUACUUUUUCCGUGUUGAUAUGGAUUUUACAAAAGUAAUGAAUGACUGACCAAGUAUGACAACAUGUUUUCCCUUAAACAGAAUUGUUGGUUCAUAAGAAAGGUUGUAAUAUGGAGGGCAGUGGCGAGCAUCGCGUGGACAGUUAUCCUUUUACCUCUGACAACUGCACUUUUUGUGUUCCUCAGUAGAUUUUGUCUGUUUCAUCCCAUCCAGUGGAUUGUUGAAUGCGUAAGUCUACUGACUGCCCCAAGCACCAUAUUUUCUCUUGUUGUCCUGUGUGGAGUGGUUCUGGCGACCGGAUUUUUCAAUCUGGAGUUCUACACUUUGGUUCCUUCCAUUCCUUGUUCCCGUGUGGCUCUCCUGGGGACAGUCCUUCACCCGCGGCAAUGUGUCCAUUCUUUGGUGUACUGCAUCAUGGGCAUGUUGAUGAUGUGGUGUGCCUCUGUAAUCAUUGGUGGACGUUAUAGCACUAUAGGAAGUCAUUGCAAGCUAAGUGAGAGCGGUGAGCUCAUAACCUGUCUGAAUGAGUACCAUCUCUUUCUUCUUCUGGCUGGGGCCUUCAUCGGAUACAGUCAUAGUUUUUUGGGAGUGGUUCAAAAUAUGUACUAUGUGUCCUUUCAACCCAUACAACAAUACAAUUACCUCCGGUUUAAGGGCUCUCUUACCAUGGUGGUGAAGUGCAGUGUUAUUCAAGCCUUGUAUUCAGCCAGAAAUUUCACUGUGCUUUAUUUUUUUUUUGGGUAUCUUCCCAAGACUUGGAUCUCUAGCGCACUUAAUCUGCAGAUAGACAGUUCUCUUCAACCUUUGGAUUCAUUGACUGGCCUGUUAGAUUUCUCCCUUCUCUACCACCUGUCGAUUAGUGGCACUUUUUUGUACCUGACUUGGUACAUCACUAUCCUUCUCUUCAGGAUCUACGUCACUGAGGCCUACAGUUUCCCAGUACAGUCUUUAUUUACUGAGGAUGCAGAACAGUGUCUGCCCAAAGUCCUGUCUGAGAAAAACACUUUAGUCAUGAAGUUUUUGGCUCUGCAGGACUUGGCUCUCUUAUCGCAACAUUCUCCUUCACGCAGGCAGGAAGUCUUCAGUCUGAGUCAGCCAGGCGGUCACCCACAUAACUGGAAUGCGAUCAGUAAGGAAUGUCUGUCUCUGCUGAGUGAGCUCACACAGAGACUAGUGGCUCAUCAGGAUGCCGUUGCCUCUAACGGCAGAAUCAAGUCUCAGUCUGCCAGCAGUGACACCAAAUCUGGCUCUUCAGGCAGCUCAGUCAUAUUAGGGGCCGAGGACCUGCCUGAGACACCUCGACCCAAUAUGCCACUCAGGACUCCUGGGUCCGUUUUUCUUAAGUCCUCAGUGGGGGGUAUGCACGGCCCUCUGACGGCUCCUUUCACCCCAGAUCUGGAUAGCCCGUUCUCCUCACCUGCUAUUCGUCGCCUGGCUGGUCAACAGGAUCCCCAGUCUCCCUGGUUCGGCUCUGUUCAGAGCCCUCAUGUCAUGAGGAGAGGACCCAAACUGUGGAGUGCCUCCACAGAGUCACAGACCAAUGGCAGUCCUCCUCCCUCUCCUGCUACUCUUCCUAGUCCUCCUCCAGCCAAUCUGAAGCCCAGCUUCCUGACCCAGUGGCUCCAGAACAGAAGAGAGCAGGUUAAAAGCUUUUUGGCAAAGCGGGUGCUGAUAGUGUAUUUAUUUAACAAGCUUCCUGAAGCCUCCAGCCAAGCUCUGUUUGCUGACAGUCAAGCUCAAAUCUGGGCUCUUCAAGGACUAUCUCAUCUGGUGGCAGCCUCUUUUUCUGAGGACCAGUUUGGAGUGGUGCAGACCACUUUGCCCAGCAUUCUCAGUUUCUUGGUAGUCCUGCUAGAGGCUGUUGAUAAACACUUCAAACUACCCCAUGCCUCCAGCAAGCCUGUGAGGACGGCCUGCAGUGUGGGUGACUCCACCUUUAAAACUCUAAGGUUUGCUCUACGAGCGGCACUUAAAACAGCUAUCUACAGGAUAACCACCACUUUUGGAGAGCACUUGAAUGCCGUGAAAAUAUCAACAGAACAUCGAAAAAGACUUCAACAGUUUUUGGAAUUUAAAGAAUAGUGCACAAGCCACAACUUUAUCACAGAUGACCUUGGAUUUGUGUGUGCUGGUCAGUGGAAGAAAAAGAGAUAUCACAGGAUGAUAUUCAUCUUUUAAAGAACUGAUUUAUUUGGAGGGUUAGCACGGUACUUCACUCAAGGCCUUAUAAAAUAUUUUGCUUUACAGUCUGGUGCUGCACGAUGAAAUCCCAGUUAUAUUCGAAAUCAUUUUUACAUCUUUUAUAACGCAUGACUAUUCCAUUGUACUAGCAUGAGGCUUUAAGACUGUUGGAUAUUAUGGUGGGGAAAUGGUUAAAGAUAUCAUCACUCUGCAUUGGAGUAUAUUUAAACUAUUAUGCCCCUUAAAAAUAAAUUGGAGUUGUUUCUGUGUUA